AUGAAGUUCAGCACCGUCCUCCUCGUUCUUGCCCCUCUCGUCUCUGCAGCUACUUCAAAAGAAGCUGCUGCUGGCCUUCCCGACCUUGCUUCGGCUGGUGAGAAGGGUCACGAUCUUUCAUCUCACGGCGAGGGACUUCAGCUCGCCGCCAAGGUCUGCCCAGCCAAGUUUCCCAGGAAGUGCUCCCUCGGCAACUUCUGCUGCCGAACCCUGAAGUGCUGCAAGAAGGAAUGCUGCCAGAACUCGGCGAGCAUGAAGGAUAUAACAAUGAAUUGA